GCAAACCAAAUUCCUGUACACCUCACGUGGCGGCCAUGAUACUUCGCCGGGACUUAUCCAAUUGCUCUGUUUCUCAAUGCAUGCAGCCGGCCAUUUUCCAUUGUGAAACGCUGCCAGUCCGGUAAAGAUGCACAUCUUGUCAACGGUGGCCCGAUCCAUCACGUCACGAAGCCUAGCACGCGUCGAACAGAUUCAAUCGAACCAUGGCUCAUAUGUCCGGUUCUUCACGUGCUCCUGCUCCCUGUGUGGUGCAGAGGCGCCUCGCCCAGCAGAAGAUGGCAUGCACCACUCCCGCUUGACGCUGCCUGGCGGUGGCCCCGUCAUCGUCGAGCAUAGCAAGGGAGGAGCCGACCAAGCUGGAGCUUCUGACUCUCAUGCGGUAUCUGUUCAGCCACCGGAAAGACCAAAGGCCCCGUCAGCCUGGGGCUCCUUUGGUAGCAAGAUCGCCAAAGCCCGGCCAAUCCCAAAGGUCGUCAAGAAGGGCCCCGCGUCAACAGGAGUAAAAGGGCACGCUUCUGGCUCGACAUCAUCAUCAAAGACGACAACACUACCAUCGUCAACGGGAAAAGCCAAGAGCGCGAAACGUAACCCCUCACUACCGGCGUCGGCGCAAUGGGGCACCUUUCACGCGCUACAGGUCCAAGGCCCCGCACCGAACCCGAACCCGCCACCCAAGCCGAAGUUGCUGUCGAGACCGAGGGCUGGCGCACCGGCGCCGCGGUGGAAGCGCAACUCGCUUCCUGCGCAGGCGAGGGCUGGGAAAUGGGGCGGGUUUCAUCAGGAGCAGGGUGCGCCGGCUUCUGGGCACGUCGACGACGAGGGGCUGGUCUUGCACGAUGGACAUUGGUCGAAUGUCGAUCCUGUCGUCGAGGGAAAUCUGGAGCUGAGUCUGGAGACUUCUCUGUCAAAGGAUGUUGGCGACAAUUCAGAGGAGGUGGGGGCAAUAGAGGUGCCAUCCGAGGUUUUAACAGAACAACCUGUCUUGUCGAAUCCACAACAUCGACAGAACGCGGCGUCUGUAUCAACCAGUAAACGGGGAAAAGAAAGGGCCAGAGCGGUUCCUAGAACCAGAUUUCGGAGAAGCGGCCCCAAGAGCGCCGCAGGAUCGGGAACUGGGAGCUGGGGAAACUUUUUCGAAGAUAUCGAGAGGAGCGAUCCUGAAAUCGCCAGGAUGACAGGUAACGAAGAGGAAGCAGAUGCUCCGGCGCCAUCCCGUAGCAUCGCUGGCGAUACCGCUUCAUCAUCCGCUUACGUUUCUUCUGAGCGGGACGCUCCAUACGGCACUCACAUACAACCCGAACCAACACCAGACUUUUAUGAGGAUAUUCUACCUCUGCCCUCGAGGCCCCACGAAUCCAAUGCCUCAAAAGCCGAAGAUAUCCCAGCUCUCGCCCCCCGCGCAGGACCCGGGGAAGCAGAGUUCAAAGACUCAUCAACGCAACCACAUCCAGACCAACACCAGCCAGCGGUUCAAGAGGAUAUGACGAUAAUGUCCAGACAGCAAGCGCUAUCCGUCCUGCUCCAGGAGCCUGUGAAACCAGUGCCUCGGGACAUCAAUGAGCAGGAGCAUGCUGCCGUCAAGGAAGGGCGAACAUGUUAUUCAGACAUCGUUUCCGCAGAGCAACGUCUCACAGAACAACGUCACAUAAAAGAGUAUAUGAGAGAGCGUAGCGCAAUAUACCGGUAUCCAGAAGAACGCCGCGGAAGAAAACGUCACGCAGAGGAACGCCGCAUAAGAGAGCAAGAACUACGCACAGAGGAGCGUCGCAUCAAAAAACUUCGCACUGCAGAAAGGCGUGUGGAAGUACUCCGCGAAGAAGAACGUCGCGCUCACAAAAAAGCACGUCAGGCGGAUGAACGUCGCGCUGCAGAGUUUCGCAUACUAGAACGCCGUAUAAAAGAACUUGGCGAAUCAGGACCUAGCCCCAAAGAACGUCUCAUGGAAAGAUAUGCUAAUUUCCAGGCAAUGCUACAGAGUCACCCGUCUAACAUAACCAAGGAAGCCUUACGGGAUUUCGACGAUAUCCUGAAAGAACUGUCUACGGAGACAGUUGAAUACUAUUGUGAACUGGAGUUUAUCCGGAAUUGGCUCUACUGGCUGAGAACACUUGUUUCAGCCUUGGAUGUAGGCAGUAUCGAUCCGGGGGUUUGUGAACUCUGUGAGCGUGAGACUCAUAAAAUCACAAGACACCAUGUCAUUCCGAGAAGUCAACGUGAUCGCGACCGAUUCACUAUUGAAGAGAUGAACGAGUUGCUGGCACUUUGCCUUCCCUGCCACACAACUUUACACAGAGCCAUUCCAAACAAAGAACUUGCUGACGAGUUCAACUCCUUGGCGCGGAUUAUGACACAUCCUCGAAUGCAAUCCUGGUUGGUGUUCGCGAAAGCACAUUCUAUCGGGGACCUCCACGGUCUGAUGAGACUACCAGGUACAGAUGGCACACUUGAGCUGGAAGAGGAUGAGCGCCGACUUCAUCUGCUCCAUCUUGAGGAACACAUGGCCAACUUUGCAACCCGGGGGCGCCAGGACUGGCUUGCUCUGCGCUACUUCCUGAAGAUUCGUAUUCCCUGGCACGUUAGAAACAGCGAAGUCAGACAUGUGCUCAUGGAUCAAAAAGAGGGACAAAGCUGGAAAGGUGCUUUGCUCGAAAGGCUUCGCAACGGGGGCGACGAUCGCGGUGAUAUUGUUACCGAGAAAGGCUCUAGACCCAAGCCUCCAGUUCUGCUUCGUGGGCCCAUAAGUACAAGCAAAAAAGUGCGCAACCCGAGCAUCGUAACGGUUUUCUGCUUCGCUGCUACUUCGAGCUCCGUGCGCUACACUCUCACUGGUCAUAUCAAAGGAAUUCAGGCUACCACUUAUAGACCUCGCCGGAGGUGUUCGAAUGUCGCCUCUGCGGAGCUUCUAGUGAACGACAUAGGCAAUAGCAAAGGCUGUGAUGAAGGCGGAGAGGCCCUGGAAGGAAAGCCCGAAUUCUUCGCUGAUGCCACCUUCUAUAAAUAUAGCAAAUAG